UAUUCGUGAUUUGUCAAAAUAAUAACAUAAUAAAAAUAAUGUUUUAUUUCAGUAGUAUAUAGAUUAGUAUCGCUGUUUUUAUUUAUAAUUUGGCGUGUUCUUAUCUCAUAAUGUUCUUAAAACUCUUGAAGACAAUUUCUUUUGCAUGUAUUUUGAUAUUUUUGUGGCAUCUGAUUGGUGUGUUUGGUGAUGAAGUGAAGAGAGUGUCUGUGAAGGAGGGAGAUUCAGUCACUCUACACACUGAUGUUACUCAAAUACAGAAAUAUACUGAGAUACGGUGGUCGUUUGGAGAUAAAGUUAUAACUAGAUUCAAUGUAACAACUCAACAGAUCUCAUAUAGUGAUAGUGUUGAGAGAUUGAGAGACAGACUGAAGCUGGAUCAGACUGGAUCUCUGACCAUCACAAACACCAGAACCACAGACACUGGACUUUAUGUAUUAGAGAUGUAUGAAAAAACAUAUUUGAUGAAGACCUUUGAAGUUACUAUCUAUGCUCCUCUGUCUCCUCCUGUCAUCACCAGUUACUGUCCUUCAUCAUCAUCUUCUUCAUCAUCUUCAUCGUCACCAUCAGUGUAUGAAUGUGCACUGCUGUGUUCAGCUGUGAAUGUGGGUCAUGUGACUCUCUCCUGGUACAAAGGAAACAGUUUAUUGUCCAGCAUCAGUGUGUCUGAUCUCAGCAUCAAUCUCUCUCUACCUCUGGAGGUGGAAUAUCAGGAGAAAAACAGCUACAGCUGUGUGAUCAACAAUCCCAUCACAAACCAGACCACACAUCUGGACAUCACUCAACUCUGUCACACAUGUUCAGGUAAAGUAGUGCUGAUAUUCACUUUGCUGAGCUGGAAAGCAUUUCCUGUAUAGUCUCAGCUGAUUUCCACCAUUACUAUAAGAGUGUGAUGCAUCAUUGCAGAAACUAACUACAGUAGCUGUCCAUAACUGUUAAAAAAAAGUAAAACAUAGGACACUGCAAAUCAGGACAUCUUUUCAA